CGCUGACGGAGGCGGCAGUCACGGACUCGUCUAUCUCUGCGCCCCACGGAGGGAGGCCGUGAGGAGCCACGUUGCAGAGGACGGGCACUAUGAACGAAGAGGAGCAUUUUGUAAACAUCGAUUUGAAUGACGACAACGUUUGCAGUGUUUGUAAACUGGGAACCGACAAAGAAACGCUCUCCUUCUGUCACAUUUGUUUUGAGCUAAAUAUUGAGGGAGUACCAAAAUCUAAUCUAUUGCACACCAAGUCAUUAAGGGGCCAUAAAGACUGUUUUGAAAAAUACCAUUUAAUUGCAAAUCAAGAUUGUCCUCGAUCCAAGCUUUCCAAAAGUACUUAUGAAGGAGUUAAAACUAUUUUGAGUAAGAAGAUAAACUGGAUUGUACAGUAUGCACAAAAUAAAGAUCUGGACUCAGAUUCCGAGUGUUCUAAAAGCCCCCAGAAUCACCUGUUUAAUUUCAAGCAUAAGCCAGAUAAGAAAUUACUCCCACAGUUUGACUCUCAAGUACCAAAGUACUCUGCAAGAUGGAUAGAUGGAAGUACUGGUGGCAUCUCAAACUGUACACAAGGAGUUUUGGAGCAGAGAGAAAAUGCAGACUUUGGGCUUGCUAUGUUACAAGGUCCAGGUUCUACGCUAUGCCAUGACAGUGUUUUGUGGCCUCACAGUCACAGCCAGGCACAGAAAGAAGAGGCCGCCUUCUGCCCAGAAGCCGAUGUCCAGACUCAGACUCUGCAUUAUAGCAGAGAGGAAUUGAAUUCAAUGACGCUUGAUGAGGUAAAACAACUGAAUAUGAAGCUUCGACAGCAAAUCCAGGAAGUUUUUGAAGAGUUAACACAUCAAGUGCAAGAAAAAGAUUCUUUGAAAUCGCAGCUCCAUGUCCGUCAUAUUGCCAUUGAACAGCUUCUCAGGAACUGUUCCAAGUUACCAUGCCUGCAAGUAGGACGAGCAGGGAUGAGCAGCUGAACUAAAUUUACACGCACUUCGCAUGCUCUGUGCCCUUCCCUGGUCUGCUAAGCGUGCACACGCCAGAGUGUGAGGCAAGGUAUGGUCCAGUAUUUUAGGGUCAUAAAGCUUGCAGAGCAUAAGGCAGUAUUCAACAUCUUUGUCUAAUAAAGCAGAUCAUUAUACUCCGA